AUGACUGAUAGAUAUUCAUUUUCUUUAACAACAUUUUCGCCAAGUGGUAAACUAGGUCAAAUUGAUUAUGCAUUGACUGCUGUCAAACAAGGUGUUACAUCAUUAGGAAUAAAAGCUACAAAUGGAAUUGUUAUAGCCACCGAAAAAAAAUCCACUUCUCCGUUGAUUUUAAAUGAAUCAUUGGAUAAAAUUGAGUUAUUGACACCUGAUAUUGGUGUUGUUUAUUCAGGAAUGGGUCCAGAUUUUAGAGUUUUAGUUGAUAAAUCUAGAAAAGUGGCACACACAAAUUAUAAAAGAAUUUACGGGGAAUAUCCUCCAACUAAAAUACUCGUCUCAGAAAUAGCACAAAUUAUGCAAGAAGCUACUCAAUCCGGUGGUGUCAGACCAUUUGGUGUUUCGCUUUUGGUUGGUGGUUAUGAUGACCACAAUGGCUUCAAUUUAUAUCAAGUUGAUCCUUCUGGGGCUUAUUUUCCUUGGAAAGCUACUGCCAUAGGUAAGGGUUCUGUAGCAGCCAAAACCUUUCUGGAAAAAAGAUGGAAUAAUGAAUUAGAAUUAGAAGAUGCCAUCCAUAUUGCAUUGCUUACUUUGAAAGAAUCUGUUGAAGGAGAAUUCAAUGGUUCUACAAUUGAUUUGGCUAUAAUUGGCAAUGAAAAUCCUGAUUUAUUAGGGUUUAAAGGUGAUAAUAGGGUUAAAGGUCCUAGAUUUAGAAAAUUAACAACAGAAGAAAUAAAUGACAGAUUAGAGUCUUUAUAA